AUGGGUAUAUUGCUGGUCUAUGAUGUCGCAGAUGAAUCACCCUUCAACAACAUCCGAAACUGGAUCAGGAAUAUAAAGCAGCAUGCCUCUAAUAAUGUCAACAAGAUACUGGUUAGUAACAAAGAUGACAUGGACGAGAGCAAAAGGGUUGUGCCAACAUCACGGGGUCAGGCACUGACUGAUGAGUAUGGUAUCAAAUUUUUUGAGACAGUGAGUUCUGAUUGUUGUGAAAUCAAACGAUGA